AUGAUCCGGCUCGAGCAGGCGCUCCUCUCCUGGGAGCACGCCGAGCGGGACUACGCCGUCCUGGAGGACCGAGUGGCCGACUCUGCCGAGGCUCUACUCCGCGCCGAGCGAGGCUCCUCGACAGAGCAAUAUCGUGAUCUUCAAACUCAGCUCCGGGCGGCACGAGACCAGGUCACUGACUUGACCGCCCAACUCGCGCGCGCUCCUGUCCAAGCGCGCGUGGCCGCUGCCGAAGCUGAACGAGAUCACAUGCAACAGCUCGUGGCCACUGCCGAGCAGCACCGCGACGCCACUCUCGCCGAGCGUGACCGCGUUACCCGCGUUCUCGUGGUCGUCGAGCAAGAGCGUGACGGGGCCCUCGACAUGCGGGAUCAAGUGCGUCGAGCCUCCACGGCCCUGAGACGCGAGCGAGACGCUGCUGUCGCCGAGAGGGACCAGGCACGUCAAGCCGUGGCCGCCCUUGAGCAGCGGCGAGACGCUGCCGUCGCCGAGAGAGAUCAGGCUCGUCAGGCCUUGACCGCUCUGGAGCAGCAGCGCGCCCCAGUCGACGAAGAGCUCCGCGUGGCCCGUGCGUCGCUUUCUCAGAGCCGCAUGGUGAUCGAGGCGGCCCAGAACCUGAACGUCCCGCUGCAGGACUGCCUUCGGCGCGUCAACGCGCUCUUAGUGGCCCACGUCGAGGAGCUCCGCCGCGGCGCGACGCGUAUCCACGAACUGGAGGAGUCAGUGGCUACUGCUACGACUCUCCGUGUGGGCGCUGAGUCCGAGAUGGCGCGGGGUCAAGCCGGCGAACUUUGCGCCACAUCUCGCGCGAUGCAGUAUCGAGCUGGGUGGCUGUCCAUUCGGCGGUCGUCUCAGCAGCGUCGAGGAGCGGUCGGCGCCCAGACCCAUCGUCUCAGCGCUUACGUCGCCGAGCUGGAGGAGGAGCGCGACUUAACCAUCCGAGAGCUCGACGAAUACACUGUGGCUUGGCGUCGGAUGCUUCGAGACGCGCGUCGGGGCCGAGAGCUGGCGCGGCGGGUGCGCGACGAGCUUGCCAAUCGUCUCGCCGGCGUCGUAACGCGUGUAGGCGGGCAGAUCGACACCUCUGACCUGGUCAGGCGACUCGAAGCCACUUUCACGGCGGAGAUCGACGGUGCAUCCCGCUCCCCCCUGCUAUUCCUACGUCCGCAGCAGUUCCUGCAGCAUCCGCGGUUCCUGUUCUUGCUUCAACUGCGUCGAGCUCUGGUGCCCGGGCGGGCUCGUCUGCUUCGACGGCGGGCUCGACGACUGGCGCUUGCCCUCCAGCAGGUCCUUCGGGCUCCCGUCCUGUUCCGACUUCGUCCGCUGUCUCGUCCUCGUCGGGUUUUCAGCGACCUCGACACGGCGCGUCGAGUCGUUCGGGUUCUCAGUCACGCACGUCUAGGCCGUCAGGAGUGGCUUCCGCUACGUCAUCUGGCCUCAUCUGCAGCUACGCCCUCUGCGGCCGCUGCAGCUGCAGCGCGCGCACGAGAGGACGCGUCGCUCUUCGGCUCCGAGUCUUCGGACAGCGAGGACCAAGCGCGGCGAGCUCAGCCCAAGCGCCACACCCCCGCGUUCCCGUUCUGCUUCGCGUUCGCGUUCACGCUCGGCCUCUCGUUCGCGUUCGCACUCGCCUCCACGCUCGCCCUCCUUGGCGUCGACGCGUUAGGCCGGCUCAACGCGUUCGGCGCAUCGGUGGCCUCGCGUCACUCUUCUCCUGCACGGCUGACGCACUCCUCGCCGAGGAGCCGAGCGGCAGCCGGAGCUGGACCAGGCCCUGGUCCGGGCGAUUCGGGCGACUCCAGUGGCGACGACGCGUCCGCUUCCUCGUCGUCCCGCGCCUCGUCCUCGAGCACCGCCUCCAGCGGCUCGGCGGGGAGUGCACCGGCGGCGCCCUUCUUCGACCCUGUGAUUCCGCCUGCCGGAACUCCGUCUGGCUGGCGGCAGCCUCGCUACGCUCCUUGGCCCAAGCGGGAAUUGCAAACGCUCUUUCUGCCGCCGCCCGGCUGGAUCAUUCCGCGCCGUGUUCCCCCCGCGCCUGCAAACUGGAACCGCGCCCUCGUGACUCUGGCCAACGUCGACGCGCUGCAGGCGACUCGGCCAUGGCGGUACCUCGCUCAAGCCGCUGAGGCGCUUCUCUUCGCGUCCGGCGACGCGCCGUUCCGCCCAUUCCUACGUCGGCUCCGGCACCACAUCGAGCACUGGGCUCAGGCGUACUGGGAGUCCACACAUGAACUCUCCGUGCAGGGUGCGGCGUGGAAAAGGUGGCGCACGGCGCGCAACUCGCGUCGCUCACACGCGGGCAACCACCUCAACAGCCUGUUGCCACUGGUGGUCGGGCUGUUCCAGCAAGGGCUCGCAGACGUGGACCUCUUGCUGGACCCAAUGGUGCUUCACUUUCCGCCCGCGCACAUGUCGAUCGGACGGUGGUAUCCAGGCCUCCAGCACGCGACGUUGCAAGCCGCGCUCAACGACAUCGACGCGCAGGAGCCCUGGCGCCGUUCUAUCGGACGCCGCUCACUGUGGCCGAGAUGGACGCCAACGUACGCUGUCGAGUGA